GGAGUGUCAGCUCGGGGGGGUUAUGCUGCGGUUACAAAGAAGACAGCAUUAAGAGCAGCUUAAUAGUGCUAGUCCCAGGGAGCGGCGCAGCAUCUCCGGUGGGGAGGACAGUCAGCUCAAGGAGGGACCAUUGGGGUGCACGACGCUCCUCCCACUCAAACCCAAACUUUCACCUCUCUGUGGGUGCCAGGCACCUGAGGCAGGGUGCCGACAACCCCUGAGGGAGGCAGGCCGGCAGGCAGGCCCUCCCGCGUGGCUGGCUCUCCACGCACCCCGCUGAGGGUUGGCGGUUCCCGCCCUCCUCCCGGGCCCCGCGGCGAGCGGGGCCGGCAUUGGGGAGGGCGGUGCGUUGGGGCACGGCAUAACACAGCAUAACGCGGUACGGCACGGCACAGUAUAGCGUGAUGGCGGGCGAUCACUCUCGCAGCCUGGGCAAGGGCAGCGCGGCCCCAGGGCCUGUGCCCGAGGGAGUAAUCCGGCUCUACAGCAUGCGUUUCUGCCCCUUCGCUCAGAGGACGCGCCUCGUCCUCCGCGCCAAGGGCAUCAGCCACGAAGUAAUCAACAUCAAUCUGAAGAACAAACCUGACUGGUUCUUUGAGAAGAAUCCCUUUGGGCUGGUUCCUGUUCUGGAGACCAGCAAGGGCCAGCUCAUCUAUGAGUCCCCAAUCACUUGUGAAUAUUUGGAUGAAGCAUUUCCAGGGAGGAAGUUGAUGCCUUCAGACCCAUAUGAGCGAGCCUUUCAGAAGAUGCUCCUGGAACACUUCUCAAAGCUAACACCCAUAGUUUUCAAAUAUUUUGUGGCACUCAAAGAUGGACAGGACACCACGGUGCUGGAAGCAGAGAUUGCUGAAAAGUUUGGCAAAUUUGAAGAGAUUCUGUCCAAACGCAACACUGUGUUUUACGGUGGAGACUCAAUCUCCAUGCUUGACUACAUGAUCUGGCCGUGGUUUGAACGUCUGGAACCAUUCCAGCUGAAGGACUCUUUGAGUCACACCCCAAAGCUCCAACGCUGGAUGGAGGCCAUGAAGGAGGACCCUGCUGUCAAGGCUACAAUGACUGACCCACAGACAUUCAAAGAUUACCUCCAGCUCUAUUUGAAGAACAGCCCUGAUGCAUGUGAUUAUGGGCUCUGAGGUGCCAUAAGGCACAUGCUUGCUUAAGUGUCAGUGCUUCUUUUCAGUGUGAGCUGUGGGGAUCUAGUGUAAUUUGGUGUGGGCUCUUCUGUGGUUGCAUUUCAUAAUGGGGAAUAAAUCUAUGCUGAAAAGGCUGAGAAAUCUGUGAACUCAACUCCUUCCUGUCAGGUGAAGGAUGUGCUGGCUUCAGGCAGGAGAUGGAAAGUCAUUGCUGGUCAUGUAUAUUGUGUGAAGGAAAGUGCUGGCUUUACUCAGAGGUGAUGUUUUGUUAUCGCUGGCCUCUUUGCAGGCAUUACUGGGAGGCAGUCCCUGAACUGACCCUGUUACUUGGUUUAAAAAUUGUAAUACUGGUGUCUUGAAAAUAAAUAAAAAGCAAACAA